AUGCCAGAUCGUCACUCUCCCCCAGAAAGCUCUCUUUCUCUCUCAUUGUCUCUACACAUUUGACGAGGCCGCUCUUCGAGUUCAGUUCAUCAAUUGUUUAUUGAAGGAAGAUUCAGAGAAACAAUGCCAGAAGCAAGAGACCGAACCGAGAGGCCAGUGGAUUACUCGGCGAUAUUUGUCAACAGACGCAGUCACGGUGUGUUACUCGACGAGCCAACCUCACGGCUCAGUCCAGUUCAGAGAUUGCCGUCGGAUUCUCAGGUGAAUCCAGAACAUGGCUCCAUUGGCCGAGGAUCUUUGGUUGGGACAAGCGGGCUUGUGAGAGGCAAUUUCAGUUCAUGGAGGCCUGGUAAUGGCAAUGGGAGAUUUCCACAGGGAAGAGAGAAUUUGCCUAUGGUGUCUGCUAGGCGUGGAAGAGGUCGUGCCUCACCCAGUGUCUUGCCUUCUUGGUACCCAAGAACGCCUCUACGCGAUAUAACUCAUAUCAUUCGGGCUAUUGAGAGGAGAAGAAGAGCUGGUAUGGGAGUAGGCGGCGAUGGCCAAGAGAUUGAGAUCCCAACUCACCAACAAGUUGGUGUUCUUGAAUCUCCAGCAGGUGAAGACAAAUGCUUAAUGGUGACUCCUGGUCCAGCUGUUGGAUACAAGCGUAGUUGCCCACCGUCAACUGCUAAAGUCCAUAAGAUGUUGCUUGACAUCAGUAACGAGGUAUCUGAGGAAGAUGAAGCAGGGUUCAUCACACCCGAGAAGAAGCUACUCAAUUCUAUUGACAUAGUGGAGAAGAUUGUGAUGGAGGAGAUCCAGAAAUUGAAGAGCACUCCUCGUGCAAAAAGGGAAGAGAGGGAGAAAAGGGUAAAGACUUUAAUGUCAAUGCGAUGAUCCACAGUUAGGGAGCAAACAAGUUAAAAGGUGUCUGCAGAGUGAGUACAUCAUCUUCCUGAUGAUAUCAAAGUGAGAUUUAUGGGUCAUCUGCUGAUGAUAUUUUCUACGAGUUGGCUGGUUUCUUAGAUUUGGUAUCAUUUUUCUGAUGAUUUUGCUAGAAGGGUCAAUCAUCUUUUGAUGAUUUUAUAGGGAUUUACUUUCGAAAAAUCAUUUUCCUGAUGAUAGAACAGAUCAGGAAUCAUCUGCUGAUGAUAAUAUCAUAGGAAGGAUUAUACUUUUGAUAGU